AUGUUUGCUCUGAGCGCCGUCGUGUUGUACAUUAAGUUCCUGGGAUGCACUAUAAUCCAAGGCAGAAAGGCUUUUGCUGCCGGCACGCGCAUGCCGGAGGAUAGUAAGCUACCUCAGGCUAAGAACGCCCCACAGCAAGGAUUUGUAGACUUCACGGACGUCUGCACCCGAACGGCGGUCGAGGAGGAAACGCGCUGGAGGCGCAUUAUCCAGAACGACCUUGAGUCCAUGCCAAUGGCCUACGUCGUAUUCUGGAGUGCUAUCUGCGUCGGUGUGAGUGCCUCUCUUACCAAGACAUUGUUGCUGAUCUUUACUGUCGCUCGUGUUGGCCACACUAUCGUGUACGCUCAUAGAGCGCCAGUUACGGCGUGGAAGGUUAAUCUUCCAGCUACUCAUACGCAGCAUUUUGAUGGCGCUAAAGAAGAUUAA